AUGGGCAACCUGGCCACGUGCUGGAGCAACAUCAAGGAGGAGGAGGCCCUCGAGAGGUACAAGCUUAUAACCGAUAACGCUGUCACGUAUCCCGAGUUCCAGGUUCACAGGGGGCGGGACCCAAACGACAGCUGGCUGGCGGCCUCCCCAGAUGGGGCCAUCGAUUAUAGUUUCUACUACAACUUGCCCAUGUGCGGGGUCCUCGAGGUUAAGUGCCCAUUCUUUGGCGGGAACAUGGAACAAGCCCUGCCUUGGAAGCGGAUCCCGCUGCACUACAUUCCCCAGGCGCAGGGUCUGAUGGAGAUCCUCGACCGGGACUGGAUGGAUAUGUAUGUGUGGACAGUGAAUGGGAGUAGCCUGUUCAGGAUCUAUCGAGAUGAGGAGUACUGGAAACUUCUCAAGAUUGCAUUGUGCGAUUUCUGGCUGAAGCACGUCCUGCCCGCAAAGGAGAUAUAUGAACAGAAAGUGAUCACUAAUCCGCUCAUCGAGUUGAAGCAGUUCAGGCCAGCCCCGAAGCACGAGCUGUUUCGAGAGAUUGUGUAUGGGAGCAAACUGGUGGUCGACAACUCAAAGCUGUUGAUUCGUGAGAUUAAUGGCAAGCUGCAAAACUGA